AUGGGCUAUAGCUUUCUCCCCGAGCGGGAUAUUUGGCAGCACGCGCCUAUUCUAACGGGCAGCACCAAGUUUGAACCGCAGCAGGAUGUCAAGAACAUCAUGAUCACAGGAGGCGAGGGCUUCAUUGCAUCAUGGCUCGUUCGACACCUCGUCCUUACCUACCCCGGUGCAUACAACGUCAUAUCAUUUGACAAGCUUGACUACUGCUCCUCCCUCAACAACACACGCGCUCUUCGCGAAAAACCCAACUUCACCUUUUAUCAAGGCGAUAUCACAAGCCCUAGCGAGGUUCUAGACUGUCUGAACCGGUAUAACAUUGACACUGUCUUCCACUUUGCAGCGCAAUCGCACGUCGAUCUCAGUUUCGGAAAUUCAUACAGUUUCACUGAGACAAACGUGUACGGCACACAUGUCCUACUUGAGAGUGCGAAAACCGUAGGAAUCAAGCGGUUUAUCCACAUUUCUACCGAUGAGGUUUAUGGAGAGGUUGCGCAUGGGAAUGAUGAUCUUCCUGAGGCGAGUAUUCUAUCGCCGACGAAUCCGUAUGCUGCGAGUAAGGCUGCAGCGGAGAUGUUGGUUAAUUCGUAUCAGAAGAGCUUCAAACUGCCUGUUAUUAUUGUGAGGAGUAAUAAUGUUUAUGGACCGCAUCAAUACCCUGAGAAAAUUAUCCCCAAGUUUAUCUCACUACUUCACCGCGGUCAACCCGUGGUCCUUCAUGGAGACGGUAGUCCCACUCGCCGGUAUCUAUUCGCAGGAGAUGCCGCCGAUGCCUUUGAUACUAUUCUUCACAAAGGCGAGAUCGGUCAAAUCUACAACAUCGGCUCAAGUGACGAAAUCUCCAACGUCGAGCUCUGCUAUAUUAUUCUUACCGAGAUGGGUAUCGAUGUCCAAGACACGAAGGACAUCCAGUGCUGGGUGAAGCAUACUCACGACCGUCCUUUCAAUGAUAUGAGAUACGCUGUUGAUGCUACCAAACUGAAGAUGCUAGGUUGGACACAAAAGACAAGUUUUGAUGAAGGGCUCAAGACGACGAUUGAUUGGUAUAAACGCUAUGGUGAUAAGUGGUGGGGUGAUAUUUCUCCGGUGCUGACGCCUUUCCCUCAGGCUUUGAGCAAGCAACAGGAGGAGCAGGCAGUGACGCCGACAAGUCUCCCCGAGGUUUAG